CGAAUAUGUAAACUGCUGCUAAUUGAAACACUUUUUAACCUAAAGAUGAAUUUCCACGAUCAGAAUUUCUAAGGUUUUACAAUAUAUUUAAAAAAAAAAAGAACAAAAAAAGAAAAGAAAAGUCGUCAGUUUCAGCUCUUUCUUUGCAUUUUUGCUGAUCACAAGUUAAUUACGUAUUUAUACAUCAUAAGAAUACUGUUGCUCAUAUAAUAAGUUAGACAAUGAAUUGCAAAAAAUAAAUUUAAAAAAUCCACUGGUAUAUUUCCACAACUUCCAGUGCUUUCUGACAUUCUGACCUAUUUCUCUAUUCUGAAAGUUUGCACUCUAACCUACACAACUAUUUGAAUCAUCAGCUUAUUCAGCUGCUUCCUGUCAGGUGUUUGUCAACAGAAGCCUGACGCUGGAAAAUAUUAAAUGCUAUGGCUUCGACAUGGACUACACGCUAGCAACGUAUACGUCUCCCGACUACGAGAGCUUGGGCUUUGAGCAGAUACGAGACAGGAUGGUGUCCAUUGGAUACCCUCAUGAGAUUCUGCGCUACAAGUACGACCCCAGCUUCCCCACUCGUGGCUUAGUGGUUGACACUACAUAUGGGAACCUCCUGAAGGUGGACUCAAAUGGAAAUAUAUUAGUCUGCAGUCAUGGCUUUCAGUUCCUCAAAGGUGAAGACAUUCACAAAUAUUACCCGAACAUGUUCAUCCAGAGAGACGACACUGAUCGCUUUUACAUCCUGAACACUCUCUUCAAUCUUUCAGAGACUUAUCUCUAUGCCUGCCUGGUUGACUUCUUUACUGGAUGUACCAGAUACACAAACCUCCUGAAAGGUUUCCAGCACGGUGACUUGCUAAUGUCGUACAGAAGCAUGUUCCAGGAUGUUCGAGAUGCCGUGGACUACACUCAUGAUACAGGAUCCUUGAAAGAAUUAACUACCAAGAAUUUGGAGAAAUACGUUGUCAGAGAUCCAAACCUCCCUGUGCUACUCACCCGGAUCAAAGAGGUGGCCAAGGUUUUCCUCGCCACUAACAGUGACUACUACUACACCGAGGUCAUCAUGACAUACCUGCUGGAAAGUAAUGUGAAGCCUGGAAGCCCCAGAAAGAGCUGGCGCUCGUAUUUCGACCUUGUCGUUGUGGACACCAAAAAGCCGCUGUUCUUUGCAGAGGGGACUGUGCUGAGACAAGUGGACACGAACACAGGAAAGCUUCGCAUCGGGACAUACACCGGUGACCUCCAGCAUGGAACAGUCUACUCAGGAGGAUCCUCAGACAUUGUUUGUGAUCUGCUGGGCGUCAUAGGCAAGGACAUCCUCUAUGUCGGAGAUCACAUCUUUGGCGACAUCCUGAAGUCUAAGAAGCGACAGGGCUGGAAGACUUUCCUGGUCGUUCCUGAGCUCACCAAAGAGCUGCAAGUGUGGGAGGAAAGGAAAAAUAUCUUUGAGGAGCUCAAGUGUCUUGAUCUCUACUUAGCUGAACUUAACAAGCACCCAGACACCACCAGUCAAGAAUAUCGUGACAUCGGUUCCAUUCAUAUGAGAAUGAAGUUGCUGACCUACAGGAUGGACAUGUCAUAUGGCCAGAUGGGCAGCCUCCUGCGCAGCGGCUCCAGGCAGACGCUGUUCGCCAGCCAGCUCAUGCGCUAUGCAGAUCUGUACUCUUCCUCCUGCCUGAAUCUGAUGCAUUACCCCGUCAAUUACCUCUUCAUGGCUCCUCCAGUCCUGAUGCCCCACGAGGUUGUUUCUGAGGCAUCUCCAGACUUUGUGUCAUCGCCGCUUACUCUCAACAGCUAUCCUCUCACAAACAAAAACUGAGUGACGGCAGAGUCAGACUCAGGGAUGAAGAAGCUACAGAGUAAUGUGCAUCUUCUUGUCAUUAACAUUUCACACACUGAAGACGGCUGCUUGUACCCGUGCACACAUGAAGGGUUUAUUGUAAACCUAAGGUGCACACACUAGCACGAAAUUAACUUACUGCUCCACAUGCACGCUGACAGUUUAGGAUUUCAAACAGAAACAGACUCAGUGUUUUUACUUCUAGUUUUAAAGGUUAUGUAAUGGUUUAUUUUAAAAAAAAAAUGUUAAAAAAAGGAGCUUUACUCCAUAAUCUGUUGAAUUGGUUCAAUAAAACAUUCAUAAAAUCCGUUUUUAUUGUUCUCAAUGAAGUAAAGCUCCUAAAUAAGCAUAUAAAUCAGUUUUGUCUAAAAGAGAUAAAUAAUAUUCAGAAUUUUUUUUGUAGUUGUUGCAAUCACAGUUUUUAGAUGUGAUUUUUCACACAAAAAUAUAAGUAUUAUUAUUUUAAAGCUCAGCAACAGAUCGUCUAAACUAGGAGGCAAAAUCUUAAAAAUAUAGCAAUGUAGCAUACUUUAGGAAAAAUAACGUGUAGUUAAAGAUUUUACUUUCUGCAUUAAAGUUUUUGUCCAGUGGGUGGCGCCUGAUCACCUCUGCAGCCCACCUGAGGAUUGAUUCUUGUGUGGUUGAAUGAGUUUAUUUUUAUACCCACAACAAACAUAUUGAAUAGUUUUAUCUCCUGAAACAAAUAUUUAAUCUUCCAAAAAGCUCUCAUCACUUUUAUACCAGAAACAUUUUUCUCACAGCUGUUGCAGAAGCUCGUCUUGAUCGUUAAACUUAAAUAAGUUACAUUUAUUUUGAAUACAUGAAAACAGAAGCAGAUGUUAAUAUCAGGAGCCUCCAUCUGGGUAUUCAUUCAUCAUGGAGAGCACCAACAUAAACAGAUGUGAUGCAAUCCAUGAGCAAACACCUAAACACACUCACAAAUAUGUGUGGCUCUGCAGGACACAGGGCACCUGGACAUUUAGCAUUUGUUCUCCUUCUGUAUCUCAGGAACACACACGCACACACACACACUUUCUCUCCGUUGUUACUGUAGGAUUUCCGCGCUCAUGUGUGAUUGUGGAGGAAUUUUCUAUCAGAGUGUCACGAUGGUGAAAAUGGUGAAAUCCUUUACCAUCAGUGACGCUUCACUCUGGAGCCAAACUUCAGCUUCACAGUGAUGUGCUGAUUUAUUUUAUUUAUUAACUACUUAGAGCAUUAGUAAAGAUGAUGGAAUCUCCUGUGUGAAGAGAUUAAACGUGAAUCUAACUUAAUCUAAAGUCAUCAUUGUUUUAAAAAUAUUUCAAACUUUCAGCUGCUUUAAGAUUAACACAGAUGAACUUUUUUGCGUUUUUUCGCUGGUUGCUUCAGAUUGUUUUCAGAUAAGCCACGAGAGGUAAAUCCAAUGCUCAGUUUUCAAUCCCUCCUCCUCCUUGUCAAAACAGGCACAUAAACAUUUCCUUGAUGAUUUCACUUCUUGUAUCGGGGCUAUUUUGGUUUAUUUGGAUUUCUGCCUGCCCAUUGUCUGUUGGUCACCCGUGUUUAUUGUUGCUGUUUCUUGAGUCAUUGUGUUCGCUUUGUCCUGUUGUAUUUUCUCACCUGCACAAAUCAGCUGAUCGCUUCUGUUUAAUCUGCUUUUGAAUGAAUGCAUUUUGUGAGAAUAACCCACACUCGGCGUCCGCUGCUAUUUGAUGUUCAGUGAAACUAAAGCAGGCUCUGAUGAUCAGUUUGUCGCUGUGGUAAAUUUUCAUUUCAUCAUUAAUCAUUUAUCACAUCAGCAUAACGAGCAUUUUGUGAUUGUGUCAAAUUCACUAGUUGCCUCUGCACUACAGCGCAUGUCCUUUGGAUGGCAUUAAACUGCCUCUCUGCAGCAGGGAUGAAUCUUUGAAGAGGGUUAAAUGAUGGGCACGGUCAGCACAUCAGCAGAGAGGCUGUGCAUCUUCAUUUAUCUCUCAGCAAAGAAAAGAGCCGAGAGAAACGACAAGUUUUGCUUUUCUUUUCAAAUGUACCAGCUUCCAUUUUUAAUAUGAAAAUAAAGCAUUGCUUCCUGUUUCAAAUAUUUUGAAAGUUGCUGAAAUACAAUACAAUACAAUACAAUAAUUUCCUUUUUAGACUUGUCCAAAAAUCAGACUAACAUACAAAUCUACCCUACGCAUCACACAAUAGCCACCACACCGCUCUCUGAUGGGAGAACUGUAAAUCAUAACUGUUUGUCUUUAAAAUAAUUUAGCGUCUGAUCACUCCUUUAAUAGCCUAACUGCUUAAACAGAGGAGGAAGAGGAGUGCCAUCAGGAUCCAAAUUAGGGCCGUGACAUUAAUAGUUUCACACCAGCAUUAUUUUUGGCAAACAAAAUUCACAGCAAUGAUUUUUAUCAUGAUAUUAAAGGAGAACUUGAAACACGAGUAGCCAUAAUACUGUUGGUGAAAUCCAUUAAAACAUGUAUAUGUUCUGUGUUUUGGGGGGAAAUGAAUGUGACUCAAAAUCCAAGUGCACAGACGUGGUGAAAGAGUCUGUGGUUAUGAAUUUCUAAAAGCAUAUAAUGGGAACAAUUAUGCAAAUAUUUUACAAUAUAUGCAACAUGUGUAUUACUGCCACAGUUUAGAUGUAUUUUAUCAUCAGUCAGGGUUAACAUGGCACCCCGGCUGAACGAUGACAGCAUGUCUGCUCUCCAGAGAGCUCAUCACACCGUCGAAGCAUCCAGAACCUGCUGUUUGAUUUAAACACAGUGGCUAAUGUGCUUUUGGUUGGAGGCCUUUCUGAACUGUUUGUUGCAUUUAUUAGAAUGUGAAAAAUGUCACCACACUGAAUGGCUUUGCAAAGUGUGAAAAUGCCAAAGAAAUCGUUAAUAAUUCCAGUUAUUUGCUUUGUUAUGCAGCGAAAGCAGCAUCACUGCACGAGAGUGAAAAUGUAUGGAAUGCCAAAGUGGUUUUAGAUCUGAGCCUACAAAUAAGAUACUAUUGUUCACAACAAACUAAAAAAAUCAUAUUUUAUUUCUUGUUCAUCAUCUACUUUGCAAAUGGAAGGUUCGGUGAAUAUAAACAUUUAAAAAUAAAUUGUGCUUACUUACACUGAAACAAAUGGAAAGUCUUGGAGGUGUAAUUUGAAAGUUACUGGUGGUUUUUACUGCUCCGGCCCACUUACAGUCAAACUGGGGUGUAUAAGGCCCAUGAAGUCAGAUGAGUUUGACCCCCUAAUGUUUGCCAUAUGAAUUUCAAACCUAAUGAUUUUCACUUUGUUGAUCCUAUGCCUUUGCUGGGUCAUUGUUUGCAUUUACAAACAUUUUUCCUCACUGCGUGUGAAGCUCUGAGUGUUUUCCCCGUCUUCCACUUGACUGGAUAGUCUACACCAAGUGAAAUUUAAACCCAAAUAUAUACUUUUAUUUUUUCCACGACACAAUAACACCGAUACGGUUCACACGUACUCACAAUAGUUGAUUAUUUAAGGCAGGAUUUCUGCCAUCUUUCUAAACUUUCUAGUUUCCUCUCAAAUUAAAAAUGGAGUUCUGUAAGUUUUGCAAAAAAUAUAAAUAAAUAAAU